AUGGAGUCAACAAACGAGAAAAAAGGCUCAGUGGUGGAUGUGGAGCAGAGGUCCAUCGACAUGGAGCAUGGAAUCAAGCCAAGUCUCCAUGAGCGGCACCUUCAGAUGAUAGCCAUUGCGGGCAUGAUUGGCACAGGUCUAUUCUUGGGUUCGGGGUCUGCAAUUGCAAGAGCUGGGCCGGUCGGCGCUCUUCUAAGCUACGUCGUCAUGGGCUUAGUAACCGCGGCAGUCUCGUACACGUCGGGUGAGAUGUCGGCAUUCAUGCCCGUUACCGGAGGUUUUACACGGCACGCAGCUAGAAUGGUCGAACCGGCCUGUGGAGCUGCGACGGGGUGGAACUUCUGGUACAGCAUGGCCAUCACGGCACCUGCUGAGAUCACCGCAGCGUCUGGCCUGAUCGAGUUCUGGGACUCGAGCGUGAGCCCAGCCGUCUGGAUCAGCAUUUUUCUUGUUUUCAUUCUCGUUGUCAACUUUUGCGGAGUCCGGCUCUAUGGAGAGUCCGAAGUGGUCUUUGCGACGCUUAAGAUCAUGCUCAUCGUCGGUAUCAUCAUUGCCGGGCUCGUAGUCGACCUUGGUGGCGGUCCCGAUCACGACCGCCGUGGCUUCCGCAACUGGCAACAUCCAGGCCCUUUUAACGAGUAUCUUACAGACGGCAACACGGGAAAGUUUCUGGCCUGGUGGAGUACCCUCAUCUCGGCUGCCUUCAGCUAUGGCGCCAUCCAGGUCGUUGCCAUUGCGGGCGCCGAGACAAAUGAUCCUCGGAGGACCAUUCCCAAGGCUACCAAGAGGACAUUCACCCGAGUCAUUCUGUUUUACGUUCUCAGCAUCUUCAUUGCCGGCUUGAUCAUCCGCUCAGAUGACGUGAGACUGCAGGUCUCCACUGGUACCGCAUCUCAGAGUCCAUUCGUCAUCGCCUUUCAAGAGUCCGGUAUCAAAGCUCUUCCGUCCAUUAUCAAUGCCAUUGUCAUCACCUCUGCGCUUUCUAGCGGUUCGGCAUGUGUCUACUUGGCGUCGCGCACGCUCUUCGGCCUCAGUCGAGAGGGUCAUGCACCCAAGUUUUUUCAGCACUGCAAUCGAUUCGGUGUGCCUGUCUAUGCAGUGGGCGCAACUGCCAUCUUUCUGCCGCUGGCUUAUCUUGUACUUGGAAGCAGCGCGUCCGUGGUCUUCGGCUGGUUCGUCAAUAUCACGACGGUUUCUGGCUUGAUUGGCUGGGCCGUUCUGGAAAUCUCGUUCCUCCGAAUGUACUACGCUUUCAAGGCGCAGGGCCAUUCUAGAGACGAGUUGCCCUACAAGAGCCCACUGCAGCCAUAUACGGCCUGGUUUGCCCUUGUUUUUGUGAUCUUGGUCAUCUUGUUCUCUGGCUUUUCCGUGUUUUUCCCUGGACACUUCACGGCGAGCGGCUUUCUCACUGCUUACGUGAACAUUCCGAUUUUCAUUGUUCUCUACCUUGGCUUUAAGAUCAUGCUCAAAUUGAAAAUAUACAGCACUACCGAGAUCGAUAUUGAAACGGAAUUGGAAAUUAUUGCCAGAGAGGCCCAUAGAUACGACGAAGAGCCAAAAUCACUGCCAAGACGGGUUCUGGACAAAAUUUUCUAG